GCUUGCCGGAUGAGAAGGGGCGAUUUCAGAUUCUUCACAUCCACACGGUGCGGAUGCGGGAACACCAGCUGCUGGCGGAGGACGUGGACAUUGCAGAACUGGCGGUUGAGACGAAAAACUUCAGCGGUGCUGAAUUAGAAGGUUUAGUUCGAGCUGCUCAGUCUACCGCGAUGAACAGACACAUUAAGGCCAGCAACAAAGUGGAAGUGGAUAUGGAGAAAGCAGAGAGCUUGCGUGUGACAAGAGGAGACUUCUUUGCAUCUCUGGAGAACGAUAUCAAACCAGCGUUUGGAACCAACCAGGAAGACUAUGCAAGCUACAUCAUGAACGGGAUUAUCAAGUGGGGUGAUCCAGUGACGAGAGUUUUGGAUGAUGGGGAGCUGCUUGUUCAACAGACUAAGAACAGCGACCGCACACCUUUGGUUAGCGUUCUUCUAGAAGGUCCCCCCCACAGUGGGAAGACUGCGUUAGCAGCAAAAAUAGCAGAAGAAUCCAACUUCCCCUUUAUCAAGAUCUGUUCUCCCGAUAAGAUGAUUGGAUUUUCUGAAACGGCCAAGUGCCAGGCUAUGAAGAAGAUCUUCGAUGACGCGUACAAGUCCCAGCUCAGCUGUGUUGUCGUGGAUGACAUUGAGAGACUUCUAGAUUAUGUCCCAAUUGGACCCCGGUUCUCUAAUCUGGUGUUGCAAGCGCUCCUUGUACUGCUCAAGAAGGCCCCCCCUCAGGUAAGCAA